AUGUCGUUGCAACUUGAGCAUGACCGGCGAGUUUAUUUCCUUGAGCAGCAGGUCAAAGAUCUGGAACAGCAUCUCCGAAGUGAGUGUGAGUCGUCCGUGAAGACCCAAUUCCAGCUCAUGCAGCAAGUUGCCGAUCUGAAAAAGACGCUCCAGCUGAAAGAACAGACAACGAACUACCUAAAUCAACAACUAAAUGAAACGCUGAGUGCGUAUCGAGCACAACGCCAGCGUGCAGACAAGUUGCAGCUCGAAAUCGGCAGUAGCACUGUGCAAAAUCAACGGGAACAAGCGUUGAGAGAGCUUAUCAAACGACAAGUGCAGCAGAUUCGUGAGCAACGGCAGCGUGCAGACCAGUUGCAGCUCGAAAUUGACAGUAAAGCCGUACAAGAUAAACGCGAACAAGCGCUGAAAAAGCAUAUCCAGAAGCAAGAGCAGCAGAUCCGUGAACUGCAGGCAGCUCUUUCGGAAUCUACGUCUCGCUUAAUUGAACAGCAGAAGACGAACGAGCGACUUCAAACGAGUAUUGAGCUGCUGGAAAUGCGCUCUGAGGAUGAGAAUGUGCUGCUUGAAGACGAGCGAGCGCAUUUGGGUGACCAACUAGAGUCAAGUGAUGAAGCGCUGCAGAUUGGGACCGAAGUCCAGGCACCCAUGGCUAGUACGAACGCUGGUGAGUAUACAGAUCAAGUUCUAAGUGAGCGUCUAAAUGAGCAACUUCGUGAAUUCGAGCAAGAGCGAGCACAGCUGCUGGAACAAGCGAGCGAUGCUGUAGCAGCUCAACAAGAAGUUAUUAUGGAGAACCGAAGUUGUCGUGAGGCAGUUCUGACGUGCCCGAUCUCGAGUGACCUGUUGGUCGAUCGUGUUGUCACCGCGUGCUGCAGCAAAACGUUUUCUUCGCGAGCUUUGAUGCGGUCAUUUGAACAAAACCCAAUUUGUCCAAGCUGCCGCGAGACUGAGGUGCACUUCCAUCCGAACCAAGACAUGUCGAUUCUUGUACAGCUUCAUCGUUCCGAGAGCUCCUCGCUCGCCAAUGUAUCCCACAACGAGCCAGCAUGUAUCGAUGAUGCUGUUACCAGUACUGAGCAAAUUGAUGUACCUGCAGGACUUGGUCGCAGAAGUCGACGAGGUAGUGACGAUUUGAGCACUCAGCCAAGACAUCAGGGACGUCGGAGUCAAAGAGAUCCGCUACUGCUCGUCGACAAUCGUCCAGACCAAGGGCUGUAUCAAUUGGAGAUUCUCCAACAGCGUCUUCAAGUGAUGCUGAAAGCUCAGCACCUCGUCGGCAAACACGUUUUUCCAUGCUGCGUCGUCCUCGAUAUCGAUCUGAAGCGGUGCUAA